CACGGCACACCACGUCCGGUCUCCUGCUCGCCCCUCUCUGCAACCAAGCAGCAGGCAGAUCGUCGCGUAACAAGCGAGCGCGAGCAAACAACUCGCCCCUUCCUCGGCGACUCUCAGCCGGCCGUGGAUCUCAACCCAACACUGCGACACACGACUGGUCUCUUCGCGGUUGUGUUCCACUGCCAAAGGGGGAAGGGGGUUUGGGGUUUGCGUAUUGCGGUCACCUUCACACCAUCCACAGUUCACAUCGACUAACGCGGACACAUCUUGAUUGGCCAGCAUGUCUCUGCUAUCACGAAGACAGGCCAGCGCGAGCACGGCGGUUGAGGCGCCGCCGCGCGGGUCCGACCCCGAAGAAUACUAUGUCAAGCAAAACAGGAUCGGAAAAGGCUCCUUUGGAGAGGUGUACAAGGGAUUCUCCAAGAUCGCGCGCAAGCCGGUGGCGAUUAAGAUCAUCGACCUGGAGAGUGCAGAGGAUGAGAUUGACGAUAUCCAACAAGAGAUUGCCAUUCUUAGUCAGCUGGACAGCGCCUAUGUCACCAAAUACCAUGGCUCGUGGCUCAAAGGAACCAGCUUGUGGAUCGUCAUGGAGUACUGCAGCGGCGGCAGCUGCUCGGACUUGAUGAAGCCAGGCCGAUUCAGGGAGGAUUACAUUGCGAUCGUCGUGCGCGAGCUGCUCAAAGGUCUCGAGUACCUGCAUGGAGAAGGCAAGCUACAUCGCGACAUCAAGGCUGCCAACAUCCUCCUCACCUCGUCCGGCGAAGUCAAGCUGGCCGACUUUGGCGUCUCGGGCCAGCUGACGGCGACGAUGACAAAGAAGAACACUUUCGUCGGCACUCCUUACUGGAUGAGUCCCGAGGUGAUCAAGCAGAGUGGGUACGAUUUCAAGGCGGACAUCUGGAGUCUCGGCAUUACCGCCAUCGAGAUGGCCAUGGGUGAGCCGCCAUAUGCGGAUCUGCACCCGAUGAAGGUCCUCUUCCUCAUCCCCAAGAAUCCACCACCAGAGCUGCCGGCGACGUUCUCCAAGCCGUUCCGCGAGUUUGUUAGCUUGUGUCUGCAACGCGAUCCAGCGAAUCGUCCGAAUGCCAAAGAACUGCUCAAGCAUCGUUUUGUCCGGGGCGCUAAGAAGUCGGGCUACCUGACCGAGCUGAUCGACAGGCUGGAGCGAUGGCGGGCUGAAGGAGGCGAGCGGCAGGACGCGAACGAAUCGAGGGACCAGGCGGACGAAGUGGAGGAGGGAGAGGAGGACAUGUGGGACUUUGGUACGAUGCGCAAGGCGACUGUCGCAGCGCGAGGACCGGCUGCCGCUGCGCCGCUGCUGCAGCAGCAGUCUCACGUGACCAAUCCGUAUCAACGACCACCUGGUCUGCAGCAGUACAGUCAUCAACCAAACCCGCAAGCACAGCAGCAGCAGCAACCGAUGUCACCGCGGGUCCAACAAGCAAUGAACCCAGCUUCACCGCGCUCGCCACCGGCCCAGGUGCAGCAGCACCCGCAGCUCCAUCAACGAACAUCCUCCGUCGCUAGGGCCAACGGCUCGGGCGCUGCGUCGCCAUCCCCGGCGCACUACGCGCACCAAAAGGCUCUGCCGUCCGCCCCGUCCGGCGGGCAGGGGCAUGGCCUGCGCGCGGACCGCUUCGGCACAGGGACCUCCACGUCCUCGACCGGCUCAGGCUCCGGGUCUGCAGGUGGGACGGUGCGCCUUGGCGCCGCUGCAGCGCGCUCUCUCGCGGACGGUUCGCCAGCGCUUGCGUUCAGGCAGAGCGCCGCUGUGUCCGGGUCGGGUGGCGCCGCGUCGGCGAUACCAGGCUCGCCGUCCUCAGCGGCGACAUAUGCUGGCCAUGGGAUGGUCGCGAGUGACUAUGCGGCUGCCGCGCAGGCUGGCGACGAUUGGGACUAUGGCGCGCCUUUGACUGCUCCGCAAGCAGGGCUGUAUACCCCUGGGGCGGGAGCUGGAGAAGGGGCAGGUGCCAAAGCCGAGGCGGAGCUUGGUCGGCGAGUCGAAGAGGAGCAGCGGCGCAUGGAGCGACUGAGCAUGCAUGAUCGAGGCACAUCCAGCGGUGGCGGGGGCGGCGUGGUGAAUGCGGCCUCGGACCCAGUAGGCGCCGGCCCAGGACCCGGGCCAGGGGUGGGGCCAGGGCCAGGGGCGGGCGUUCAUUCGGCACAUGAGCAGGAGGGUAGCGGCCACGCGAUCGAUCCCCGGACUAGUGCACAGUUGGCCGAGCAACAACAGCAGUAUAAUCAGUACCGUCACUCACAUCAGCAGCAAGCAGUACUGCCGCCCCGGCCUGAGGCGCGAAGGGUCACAGCGCUCGACACGGUCUUUUUACCCGUCCUAGAACAACUCUCCAUGGCUGUCCAAGGGCGGCCGGACGCGCUGGCGAGCAUCGAUUCGAUCCGCGCGAGUCUGGAAGAUGCGGAAGCCAUCACGCCAGGACUGGCGAACGCGUUGGCCAUCGAGGUAUUCCAUACGAUGAGCGAUGCAGAGGGCGAUGCUAACGAGGAGUAGAAGUAGUGGAGUGUGACCCCAUACUAUUGGCUCGCUCGAUGCUAGGCGAUUCUCCACCGGGCUCCACUUGUGGAACACGAGAAUAGGAGCGCGACCUGAUGCCUCGCCUUUCCUCUCUGACGCGACGUCAGUGGCAUAUCCUAUGAUCACCAUCAUCUCUAUUGAAGGCAGCAACAGCAGGAACAGCGUACGCAACAACAUUGUACUACCAUCCACCAUUUCCCCAAAUUCACAUUAUCCAGUUAUCCCCACCAUCGAAUAACAUUCCAUCACGCAGGUCUCAGACGCUCACAUAUCUGCACCACAUCUUAGUAUAUAGUACGCGCCCCCCGCGUGU